UUGCACACAUUCGGGUUUUAAGAACCUGAUCUGCACGUGACUUGCUUUCUUCCUUGUUAGAAAACUCUCCGCUUCUGCUGUUCUGCGAUUCUCUGUGGCUUUCGCCUCUCGAAGGAUAUAUAUCAUAUUCUGGGGUGCAUACACAUAAUCUUGGGUUGAAGUUUAAACAGGAAUUUGUGUCGUUGGCUUGUAUUACACAUAGCCAUGUCGGUCACAGCAGGUGUCAGUGAUGUUGCACUGGCUGUCAGGGAUAAGCUUAGAGGUAAAAUUGGGCAAACAAAAGUCAAAAGGUAUUGGCCUGGAAAAGCUCCUGAAUGGGCAGAUGACGCUGAUGAAGAUGGGGACAUCAAGAUGGCGAGGGCUGACGCCCUAGAGAAAGCUUUUCCUACUAAGGAAGAUUCUGAUAUUGCAAGGAAAGAUGAUCCUAGGUUGCGUCGUCUGGCUGAGAGCAAGAUUGAUAAUCGUGAUGAAGUGAGAGCUGAUCAUCGCCGUAUUCGGCAGGCUGAGAUAAUUGCAACAGAAGAGGAGGAAACUCAGAGACAAGAAUGGGCAGAUAUGGAGGAAGAGAAUGAGGAAGCUUUGGAGGAAAGAAGAAGAAGGAUUAAGGAGAAAUCACGUCUUAGAGAGCAAGAAGAAGCUGCACUUCCUGCUGAGGAAGAAGAGGAAGAACCAGAGGAAGAGGAGGAAGAGGAAUCUGAGUAUGAGACUGAUUCUGAUGAAGAAAUGACAGGUAUGGCAAUGGUGAAACCUAUAUUUGUUCCAAAGUCUGAGAGAGAAACCAUAGCUGAGCGUGAGCGGCUUGAGGCUGAAGAGCAAGCUCUUGAGGAGAAAGCAAAGAGGAAAUUGGAGGAGAGAAAGGUGGAGACAAAGCAAAUAUUGGUUGAAGAGAUUCAGAAGGAUGAACUUAUUCAGAAGAAUUUGGAAAUGGAAGCAAGUAUUGCUGAUGUGGAUACUGAUGAUGAAGUCAAUGAGGCAGAGGAGUAUGAGGCUUGGAAGGUAAGGGAGAUUGCUAGGAUCAAGAGGGAUAGAGAGGACCGUGAGGCAAUGUUGAAGGAGAAGGAAGAAAUUGAGAAGGUGAGAAACAUGACAGAAGAGGAGAGGAGGGAGUGGGAGAGGAAAAAUCCAAAGCCUGCUCCUCCACCUAAGCAGAAGUGGAGGUUUAUGCAGAAAUACUAUCACAAGGGUGCUUUCUUCCAGAAUGAGUCUGAUGACCGUGCUGCUACUGCUGGGUCAGAUGAUAUUUACAACCGCGAUUUCUCAGCCCCUACUGGAGAAGAUAAGAUGGAUAAAUCCAUCUUACCUAAGGUCAUGCAAGUCAAACACUUUGGUCGUAGUGGAAGAACAAAAUGGACACAUCUUGUCAAUGAGGAUACUACUGAUUGGAAUACUCCUUGGACGUACAAUGAUCAACUUCGUGCAAAAUACAACGCAAAAAUGGCUGGAAUGAAUGCACCAAUAGCUAAGCCCAAAGGAAGCAAGAAGUUGAAGGAUUGGGAUACACGAUAAUUUUAAAGUCUUGUUGCAAGAUUAGGAAUUAAAUCUUCUCAUUCUGUCUUCCACUGAGAUGAAAUGAGAUCUCAAUUAUGUAAUUGUUGAAAUCCAUAGAUCUUGGCAAUUAUCUUAUGGGUACAUUUGCACUUAUCUCUGCCCUUUUUGUGUUGUACUUCUCUUCUUAAUCAUGAUGUUAUGGCAUAUUUCUAAUCAGUGAAAUUUCCAUGUAUACAUAUUAAAAUUAGUCUUCUUGAUUUGCUUUGCUGUAUAGAAGUUACUUCCAGCACUUUGUGGGAGUUCAUUGGCUACUAA